AUGGCCGGAACAUCAUACUCGUAUAUCGCCCCUGGUAGCCACUCUGGCUCCAAACUCGCCCAUGCGUUGCCCACUGCGACCACCUCUGCCACUGUGCGCAUUGGCCAUGUCCAGCUCCGCGAUCUCGUUCAUAGUACUGGUCCACGCGGACGCGUUGCGUACGUAACCGACAAGUCUAUCAAAGAGGUCGAUGUUCGCCGCGGAGUACAGGUGAGGCUCGCUUCUCUAAUGCUUCGCUCGUGCUUCGCGUCUCGCAAUGUUCUUGUUCUCAUCCUUCCCGUUCUGUUCAUCUCCACGCUGUCGCUGUUUACAUCGACGACUGCCUCAACUCGAACCCUCGCCUCCCUCGAUUUCCAGCCCAACUGCAUUGCACUUUCUCCCUCGGGUGGACUCGUUGUUGCAGGUGGCCAGAAUGCCGAGCUCCAAUUUACAACCAUCGCACCUCCUCCUCACCCUUCGCUCGCUCGCCGCCGAAACCGUAGCAAGGGAUAUGCAGCCGUCUCUGACGAGCGCUACAAGGCCAGGAAAGGGAACAACUAUGAAGAGUCUUCCGACGAAGAGUCUGACGAAGAAGAGGUCGAUGAGUCCAUGGAAUGGAGCAUGGACGGUAGCGAGGCCACCCGGACACGGCGCGUCGAAGUUCGCGGGGCUGGAUAUCGCGAUAUCGCGAGCAUCAAUAACCAUGUGCUAGUCCUGGGCGAUGAACAAAUCGAUGGUGGAAUCUACGGGCAAGGCAAGCGAGAGCCCGAGCGCACCCGCAUCGUCGUAUCGAAUAAUGAUGAAUUUGUCCGAGUAUUCGAUGUCGACACGCGCGAGUCGGCGAGCAGCAAGGAAUGGGGUUCCAUGGAAAUUGUCGGUAGCGUUCGGCUCGGUACCCCUGCCAAUCACGUCUCGGUUUCUCCUGAUGGUCGGACCAUGCUGGCCGUUGGUGAUGAUACUCGACUCCAAAUAUUCAACGUCAAUUCUCGAAGCAGCCUCGUCGAUUUUGAACGCGUCGGAUCCUAUACCAGUGGUACCGAGCCCAACUUUACCUCGGCAUGGUCUGCGAGUGGCCUCCAGUUUGCGGCGGCCUCCCAAGAUGGCACUGUGACCGUAUGGGACGUACGCUCGUCCUCUCCGCUCGCGUCCUGGCGUAUCCCUCAACGAAGCGGAUACCGUCCCCACACUGCCAACGCCCCCACUCGGCCUAGCACUUCGCCUUCCUCCUCUCCGUAUCUCGGACCUGCUCGUCCGUACGACUCGCGAUUUGCAGGUGCUUACAUGAACACCGAGCAGUUCCUCUGGGAUCCCUCGACCCCGGGCCCUGGGCAUGGUAUCCGCAGUCUUCGGUUCAGCCCGGCCGGAGGUAACCGUGAGAUGCUCGUGUUCACAGAGCACACUGACCACGUCCACGUUAUCGACGCCCAAACCUUUUCGGAGCACCAGAUCCUCAAUGUCCCAGCCGCGCCUCGUGAUGGCCCUGCGUCCCCUCUCCGUGAUCCCGUUGGGCUUCCCCCCGCCGCCGAUUGCGGCUACUCCACUGGCGGAAUGACGAGCCUUGGCGGCGGUUAUUACAUGCCCGGCAAGGGCCGUGAUAACCGCGGCGAACGCGAGGUGGAUUUGACCGGUGUGACGUUUGACCGUACCGGCCGAUGGAUGUACGUUGGAACCGAGCGCAGCGUUGUCGAAUUUGAGAUGGUUCCUCGCCGAGGAAGGACUUACGAUGCCGCAGAAUGGGCAUAA